AAUUUAAUAUUUUUAUAAAAAUUACAAAUAAAUAAUUUUUAACUAAAUAUACUAACAAACUAGGUAAUUAAAAUAGGAUUUUAUUUUAUGGAUCUUAGCAAACAGAGUAUAAAACCAUUUAGUAUCAAGAAUGAUAAAGAAAAAAUAAUGAGUAUUUUGAGUAAAUAUGUGCCAUAGUACAACAUUAGUAACACAGAAUAUCAUUCAGCAAUUGACACAAUUAAAAGUGAAAUUGAAUCAAAUUAGAGCAUAGUCUCUAACUUAUAAAGUAAUGGAAUAGCAUUAUCUUAAUAUAUGACUGGAGGAUCCACCCUUUCUAGGGAUUCUAUAUUCUCAAUAAAAAGAAGUGGAUUUAAUUUUCGAAACUCUAAAGAUCGAAUCAUCUAAAUAAUGGAAAAAAACGAAAAAGAUUCUUUUCAAACUAUGGAUAUGAGUCAUUAAUUUGUAAAUACUCUAGACUAAUAACAAACCAUCAGCUAAAAGAAUAAAUAAUUCAACUUCAGAUAAAGAAAAUCCUAAUAGUGA